AUGAUGGCCGCUAAGAGCGUUUCUUUCAAAACUCUUAAAGAGUGCCUUGAGUUCCUGGAGUGGUUGAAUAAUUCAAACCAGGAUCGUCUGAGAGGUCUGGUGGCCAAAGAACUGGCUGCGCUUCUUAAAAGCUUCUAUCAUAAUGCUGAUCAAAAACAAAUCAUACCAGCAUUGUCCCGAUUCCUUGGUCACGUUUCUACGUUUUAUAAGAAAUUAUGUAAAUCCGCGGGUGGCGUCUACCAUGGUAGCAAAGGCCCUAAAGAUUUAACCGAAGCGCUCCUCGACUGCGUUCCCAAGUUCCUGACCGCUAUGUACUUUUUGUGGUAUAACGUGGAUAGAUGGUUCGAUGCACUGGGGGGAGGGAAGUGGAAGUAUAAUGUCCCCGGAAUGGAAGGGUGGAGUUGGUGGGCGCUUCGCUACGGUGAUUGGGGGGGUGGGCUGCAGAAAUAUCUCACAUCGUCCGACUCCACGAAAUACGGUGUGAUGCCCGGCGGCUUCGAUGCAAAAGAUUUGAAAGAGGGGUGGUACUACUAUUCUUACGGGGGUUAUUACUAUGCGGAAGACAUGGCGGCAGACAUUAAAAGGAUUUUGAAGAAAGAUCGUAAUAUGCACAAUUUUUACCGCGACGUAUUUGUGACUACGAUUAUUGCAUCCACUGGCUUGGAGCAUGUAAACACUGCAAACGCUGUUGGUUUGGUGGGCGUGUUCUGCGAGAUUGUAAAUGCGGAGGCAAACAAAAAUAGUAGCGGCGGACAGUUAAUAAAGCAACUGGAUGAAGACUUGAGAAAGCAACAAGAAUUUCGAGACAGACAAAUAAAUUGGGAUGAAUUGAAAAAACAUUGCGCCAAACUUAAAAAAUCCCUAAUAGACAAAUUGUUCGUCGCAUCAUACUUCAACCACACUGGCCAAUCUCCGGAUAUUAAAAACCUCAAUCAGACGGAAUUCGCAAAAAAGACGGCGCAGUGGUUCAGGAGUGAUUUGUUGAAAGUGCGUCAGAACCUGAGGAAAAGUUACCGUAUUGAUUACACUUCCAGUGCAGUUCCGCUUAACUUUUUCGCCACCACAUUUCUUUUCCCCCACGGAUUCAUAUUUGGCAAAGGACAAUAUGGAACGCUGGGAGACGAUCGUGAUGUUUUGAAGAAGGAUUGGCCUAUUGUCAUAAAAGAACUUGAGCAAGACGGUCGCGGCCUGAAAAGGCUUGUAAGAAUUCUGAAAGGCGAGACGUCUCAAACGCACGGCCCCGGAGGGUCUUCUGAUGCAGAUGAAGAUUCAGAAGACAGCGAUUCAGAAGACGACGAUGCAGACGAAUCCGGUGUUGCAACUCCUGCUCCAGGGCCUCGGCCUUCAUCAUCAGGCACAUCCGGUGCUGGCAGCGGUGCAGGGCGUGGCCGUGGCCGUGGGGGUCGGGGCCGGUGGUCUCGUGGGCGGCAGCCUGGUGUUAGAGGUCCGAGAGGGGGAGGAGGGGGAAGAGGACAGGCCAAAAUGGUAAAAAUUGUAAAGACAUUCCGUAAAGGUGGUAGAGCUGGAAAAGGUCCGGACCGUUCUUCCGAACCCCAGCCAUCUCCUGGCGCAGUGCCCACUCAGACUUCAGCUUCACCAGGUGAGUCAGUGGUUAACACUGGACAAGAUGUCGCUGGUCAUGAAGAUGGAGAUCCCGAAGAAGAUGAAGGUUUACCAGUGCGCGAUGAUUCAGAUGUCGAGACGUCUUCUGGUCCAGGUGUCGGUGAAACUGGAGGGCGGGGGGCGACGGAUCAGCCGGAGGCACAAAAAAAGAAAACACUUAAAGAACGAGAAGAUGAAGUCAAUCGUAUACAUCAGGAAGAGCAGCGUAGGCUUCAAGACGAGCAACGCAAAAUGCAGGAUAUUUAUGAAGAACGUCAACGUCAAUGGCAGGAGUAUCAGGACUCCUUGACCGCUCUGGAAGGGUAUAGUGUUGAUGCAUUGGAUGGAGAAGUGAAGCCGGACAAUGAGUAUAUGUAUCGCCAACAACAGGAAGAGCGCAACAGUAUUCUUAUGAGCAGUUUGGACGUUUCGGGUGAUAUACUACCCGCUCCUAUUCCAACACCCCUUCCACAAUUUCCCCCCUUCCAUGCAGGACCCACGGGCAAGGCAAUAAAGGCGCCAGAGUCUCAAAUAAAAUACCCGUCUCAGAAUAUAAUGAUGGAUUUAGAAGGACGCCGUCUUCCCUAUUUAAAAUUAAAGGAUCCGUGGUCACCACCUCCCCCAAUCCAAAAAACGACUUCCCACCCGCCUCAGCCCACGGAACGCUUUCCAACUUACCUCCCUAAACAUAAUCAUGCGCCACAGUUGCAAGACUCAUUGAUCAGCGGAAGUAAAAUAACCCCUGAUACAAUUCCAAAUGCCAGUAUCCCAGUGGAUCCUCGCGUUUCGGUGGCGUUUAUGCCACAAUCCACAGGUCAAGCUAUUUUGGACCUUAAAGGAACACGUCGCUUCUCAAAUGUUGCCCCCACUUUCAAUACUGCUGGAAAACGUGCUCCUACUCUGAAUAAAUUGCCAGUCACUGUACAACUUGAUGACGAAUCUAUUAGGGAAAGUUUGAAAUUCUGCGGAAGCACCCUGACAGGUUCCUCCGAAGAAGAAAUGACGCUUUGCCAGGUUGAAAAGAUGGAUCCCCCAGUUCCAUCAGUUUUGUUCAGUGGAUCGCCCGUACCCGAGCCCAACUUGAAUUCUUCACAUAAUCCUACAGCUAUCUUGCCACCUCCGCCAGGUCCCAGGGGUGCCGAUAUAAAGAACAGUGAUACUGUUGGUCUUCAGCGUAUUGUCUCUUCGAUCUCCACGCCUGCUCAGGAUAAAAGCAUUAAGGCUCCACACCCUCCGUCCCCUGGUGUCUCUCUUUCUACUGGUGGUCAGUUCCCGGCUGAGUCGGCAUCUCCAUCUUUUGACCAUAAUAGUAAAGGCGAUGAAGGCUCCCAGGUUGGUAAUGACGCAGAUUCUCCCGCUGUGUCAGCUUCCCAGUCACUUGGUUCAGGUGUUAGUCGGGGUCGGGACGGACACGUGCCUUCAUUGGCACAUGACAUAAGACAGCCUCCGAUAAUCCUUACCGCUUCAGGUCCCAACGAAAGCUUUACUUCUAGGAGGCCUACUACGCAAGAUGCUCCACCGGAUGGCAGCAUUGCUGAUGGAGGGGACGGGGCGACGGAAGGGGAGCCUGAUAGUAAUUUACAGGACAGUUAUUCUACAGGCGAAAAGCGUGAUGUCGCUUCGAACAUCUUAGCGGCCAAGGGUAUAAUUGUUUCAGGUUCAGACCCUAACUUAAUUCUGCUCCCUGGUAAACCACGUAUCCCAGGUGCAACUUCACCUGGAAAGAGUGGUCCGCCUCCGGACGCUGAACAUACUCAGUCUUCAGUUGUUCCAAGUUCGGACGCGGCAUUAACAAUUUCAGGCGAUCCUGGCGGUGGAAAUGAUCAUGGUGACGCUUUGCAGAAUCCUAAAAGCCAGGCUGAAAAGACUACUUCGUCUACUUCACAUGCUACAUCUCCCGCUGACAAGCCCUUUGGUGCAGAUGAUGCCGGUUCCGAUUCUCCGACUCGAAAAGACCAGCCUGGCCGAGUGACUCCUGGUGACACUAUAUGGCUACCUGGUCAAGCAAUACAUCGCGGUAAGGGGGGCAAACCAGUAUGGGAUGUCCUCAAUAUGGAGCAAGAUUGGGAUCAAUCCGGUGGAUCGGAUGAGAAGGGGCUUAAAGAUUCUCUACUACCCACUCCGGCUGCCACAUCUCCUACCCUAGUCCAACAGCCUGAUGGAGCAGCCAAUGCUAACCGUUCUAACUCUCAAAUUGUACAGAUGCAAGAACCUAUGGAACUGAACUCUCACCGACGCCCGCAUGAUCCUUCUUCCACAGCUCUUUCCCCCAGUUCUCUUGGACCCACCGGCCCCUCUGGUAAACCGAGUAACCAAGGUGCGGAUAUACACGGCAGCGGUGAAAAUACACUGCAACCAGGUGACUCCUCAAGUGUUUCGCGUAGUAGGUCUACGAGUGUUGGAAGUCGAGGAUCUCAGUCAUCUGGUGAUCAGGGGCUGAGGAACCAUACGUCAUCCUCCACUACUAGACAAAGUACAAACGCCCUACAGUUCGGUAGAACACUAGGUAGGCCUGUGGAUCUCUCUGUCCUGUCCAAUGAGGAAGAGGACGAUGAAGCCAGUGGACGAGAUGACGAUUCGUCAGUGCUGUCCCCUCCAAAAUCUCCCUCCAGAUCUCCUGGAAGUUCUGUUAUUUCUAGUAAACCAGAUGGCCAAAGUCCGGGUUCGCGUGGGAGUGACUCUACAGGUUUACAGCCUAUCAGUCCUCCUAAAGUUCUGCAAACUCACUCCUCGGAUGAUUCAAGCACAGGCCAUCUGUCAUCUGGCAGCAAAGGUCCCGUAAGUGGUGUGAAACCGGCGGCACACAGGCCUUCCAACACUGCUCAUCAAAUUGACCGAGACAACCAUACCGGUCAAGGACUCGAUAAAUCGGUGUGGGAUAUAUUGGCCCCUACCCAUGAUUACGAUAUAGUCAGUGGAGGGGAUGGGGUGGCAGCGAGGGGGAAGGGGGCUGGUGGGAAUUCACACGUAAGUCAACAACAACCCCCUACUGCAGAUCUGGUAAGCCAGAGCGUCAACGGCGAUCAAGGACCGAUGCACCCCAGUCGUCCACCCUUUGGUUCCGGCGGUGUGCCAAGUGGCAAGGUUCAACCUCCAACACCUGUCGACCAUGCAGACCCUACGCAUCUUUCAGGAGACGAUAUUUCAAUUCCAGGUGUUUCGCCAUCUAGUGUGCAUAAUUCCGGUGGUGAUCCAGGGCUGAUUGGACAGCCGAUUGCUGACCAAAUGAGUGAGAAAGGAGGCAAAUCUCGGAUAUUAAACAAGGGUGACGUGGUGAAGCAAUGGCAAAACGCGCAGAAUUACGUUAAUACCUCAUCAACCGGAACAUCUGCGGCUGGCGGUGGAGACCUUGUCCAUUAUAUUCCCUCAAAUAUCUUCGAAUCUAAUGGUAUCCCAACGGUUCACCCUCUGAUGCGUCACAGAACUAUGGUGGAAAGUACGCCUUUGACAGAAUUUUCCAAUUUCAUACGUGAAAACAAUCACGAUCCCAAGAUAAAGCAAUCACAAAAACCCAUUACGCCUGCAGAAGUAGACACCCAUUCAGAGGUCGUUAUUGAUGAACUAAUUUGCCCAUUAUAUCCUCCAGUAUUAGUCACCAAGAAGGUGCCUUACACCGAUGCAUCCACACCAACGCCACGAACGGUGCGUGAGAUGUUGUGUUGGGUGAGCGAUUUGCCGUAUGCGCCAGGCUACGACGAUUUGAAAGAUUACAUCGAGAGUUUGUUUGCGAAGUCGAAAUCAAUCGAAAGCUUGCCCGACCCUAUAUCUGCCAUAGACAUUAUCGCCUCUUUGUUCCAAACUUGUUGGAAUACCAGCUCUGUUCUAGCAGGCAUCGGGGGAUAUGAGUCUAUUGGCCUUUCCAAAUUGCACUACGAACGCUACGGAAUUUCUCUGAUGUACUACGCCACAGAACCGUGUACGCUGUUGUGCCAGUUACUCACCUAUGUCUACGCUUCGUAUCAUCAGUUAUCGUUUCUUCGUACCCAAUGCGGAAGGGACUCGAAACAGGGUGGAUGGCGUGACUGUCAGUACGGUGAAGAUGUGGAGGGUUCCGAAGCUUACCAAUGCACAGAGCCGCCUACGAAUAUUGUAAAAUCGUAUCAUCAUGGCUGCAAUCCUUCCCCGCUGCAAGGAUUUCUCACCGGCCGAUCAGAUCUGCCAACUUACUGGCGGACGCCGCGCACCACCGGGGAGCUUGUCUCGUUCUUCCACCAUUUUGGGGAUUUGCUGCACAAGGAUGUUCCAGGAGGAUUAUCAGACAUGGGCUCCGCUCUUUCCACUCCACACGACAACUGCCCCAAGUGGGAUAAGCUUAGUCACCCCGACCUCCAAGCCAUCAGAACCCUCCGAGGUUCUGACACUUACGCCUCCGACCAUGCCGAGACGCUUUCUGCAUUGAUUUGCUGCGGCAUCGAUAACUCCAACUGCCGUCAACAUCUGCUGCCCAUCACCUACCGGGCCUACGCCCUGUACUCAUCCAGCUUCGUCCACGACUACCUCAGCUGGGUGGUAUACCUACCCGACAGACUGUGGGAGUCACUUGGCCGACUGCAGAAGGAGAUGAAGAAGCAUGAUAACGUAAAGUGUGCAUCCCUGUAUAACUGUCCCAAGGCCAUGCCCCUCCUCUACUCUCACGGGUUCACGCCACCAGGCAGGACACUGCAGUCGCGACUCACGUGCUCACAGGUGAUCAACAAGCUGGGAGAUGUGGUCGCCGGAGAGCCUAUCGCAAACCUCAUGACCGCCAUGGACAAUUUCCUCUACGGCAUCCGGGAGCCCUUCUUCUACACCCUAGUCACGCUGUGGUCUGUCGCAAUGGCCUUCCUCUCCCACACUGUGCUCUACCGCAUGGACGUGCUGCGCAUCCGCUCGCACCUCCUCACCACCAGGGCCUCACACCUCAUCGACGUCAAGGCCUUACUCUCAAAAGGCCGGAGGAUGCUGUCACUGUACCGCGACGUCGACUACUUCGACGACGAUCUACUCACGAAUUGA